AUGGAGGACAAUGUUUUCUAUUCUGAUGGGGAUAAUACCUUUGCCAACACGACUCUCAAACACUUCAAUGUUAUCAAACAAUCUCCAGCUUACAAGAAAGUUGAAAGUUCUGUCUCUAAAGACAUGGAAGGCUUGGUUAACAUGGAUUCUACGCCUGCAAUGCUGUAUGAUAAGAGAUUAGACACGGCACAGAGACUCAAGAUUCUUGGAGAUUUGUUACACUGUACCUUAUUAGCGGCUGAACAUCGAGGUGGAUACUCGUUGAAUGACUUGAACAAGUUGAAAAUGGAUUUCGAGUACGUUUUUAAUAAAUUGUUUUGUUUUUUAGAUUUUAAUGUAUUAUUUAACGCCUAUCUUAGCAUUCUUUUUUUGUUGUAGGGAAGAUACAGCCUUGCAAUUGGACUCUGUGGUGAUGAACUUUGAAUUCCAAACGCUAAAGUCUUUCAUUCAGUCAGAAGCUAUGAGGCCGUAUGUCAGGUUGAUGCAGAAUGAAGAAGGAGAGACUGUAGUCAAAGGCCAAGACAUGGAGAAUCCUUUGUUACAUCAGCUAAUGCACGAUCAAGUUGCUUCCAGGGACCUAGAUGAAAUUAGAAAAGCUAAAGAAGCGAAUGAGUAUAGUACUAGAGUCAAUCUGGCUUUGAACGAUCCAGAGGUCUUAAAGGUAAGUUGUUAUUGAGAGUUUUUUUAGUGAUUUCAAGCCUAUAGGCUUAAGAAUUACCUUUUAUAUUUUUUUGCGUAUUAAUUAACUUUUUUUGUUUUUAGAACAAGUUAAAGCUGCUGGAAAUCGUGCAUGAGCUUGGUGGUCGUGACAUUGCAGUUGAUUACAGCAGAGUGCAAAGGAGGUUUGAGGAGAAACAUGGUGUCACUUUGAAUAAAAAGGUAAAUUUUGUUAAUUUGAACUUUUAAACGUUUCUUUUUUACUAUAUUGCUAAUUUAUUUUUAUACUUAUUAUGAUACAUGUUUAAAACUCAUUGUGUUGUCUAGAAGUCAAAAGAAAUGUUUAAAGUUGGGCAUGCCAAGGAUAUGCUGAAUGAUGUCUUCAAUGAUGAUCUUGUUGUUAAAGAAUCAAAUGAAGCCAAUGGUGCAUUGUUUGUAAAGAUGUAUGAAACAUUUGACAGUAAGUGGCGUACAACUAUUACUUACUUUUAACUAUAUUAAGUUUAAUUUAGAGUUAGUUUAAGAGAUGUAGUUGUUUCUAUUUGGAUAAUUCGAUUGUAAUGUAAUUGUAAGUGUUGCAGAGAUCAAAGAAAAGUACGAAAAUCUUCAAAACAUAAAACAACGAUUGGACAAAGAAAAGGAAAUAAAGAAGAAACAAGACGAAAGAAGCUACUUUAAUGACAGAAAGAAACGACCUCCAAAAGGCGGAGUAAGGCAACUUGUCUUUAAAAUCAACUUAUAGUGUUUGUCGUAAGAAUGUAUUAUAUCACAUAGUUCAGUCAAUUAUCAUAAACAUUAUCUUGUAGAGACAAAUGGACUUCAACAUGCCAGAUAAUGUUCGAGCAGCUUCACUUAACCAGCCUCCAUCCUUUAUGUCACAAGAUACUAAUGAAGAAGCGGCAGAAUCUGCGAAGAAAAUGUUUGCAGGAGGAGAUAAAGGGGGUUCAGAUGAUGAAGAACAAGUCUUUUCUGAUGAAGAGAAGCCUGUGUACUCUGAUGAUGAGAAGCCUGUGUAUUCUGAUGAGGAGAGACGUGCUUAUUCAGAUGAAGAAGAUAACGAUGGCCAGGAUCAAGAGGAUGGUGACUUCUACUAUAAGGCAACUGGUUCUGUAAGUGUAAAAUAUUACAAUUGUAAUAGGUUUUGGUUUCUUUUUUUAUAAUUUUAUAUAUUACGGGGAAGAACAUUAAUGCUGACUUAUGUCAUCUAUUUAUGUGAUCAAACAAUCCUUUAAAAAGCGAAUUAUAAGAUGAUUUAGUUACAUAAACCGUUAAUUUAGGCACCAGUUAAAGUCGUAGCUGAGGAAAGUAAUCUUGAUGAUGUUUUUGGCGACUGCGACGAAGAAUCCAGUGAAAAAGAAGAAGCAGAAACUUCUGAAGACAAGGAAUCAGAAAAAGUGUCAGAACAAGAAUCAGAACUAGACAAGAAUAAAGAAACUGUCAAGAAAGAGACGUUCAAUGCCACUGCAGUUGUAUGUUAUUUUAGUUUAUAGUAACUUAUGAAUUUAUCUUCAGUAUUUAAAAAAAUAAUUUUAGUAAGAAAUUUAGUUUGUCUAGGAUACAUUGUAUUUACUUUCAGGACUCAGCAGAAUUAACAGCAAAACUGAACGAAGCCUUUGCUAGUAGCGAUGAAAGCUUGGAAUCGGAGGAUUCUGAAGAUGAACGGUGGAAACCAAUUUGUGUAGAAAGGCCAGGAGAAACAGAAGGGGUUGAACAAGUACGAAAGCUUUUGGAAGAAGCAAGACGGUCUGUAUUAAAAGAAGCACAGAAGCCUAUACCUAAAGAAGCUGCCAAACCAUUUGCUGAAGUGAAUGGCUUAUGUAAUGGUAAUGUAGUGACAGAAACGAAAAUAGUACAUAAAGAAGAUAAAAACAAGAUUCAGAAUUCAAAGACAGUAAAUGGUGACGAUAGAAAUGACAUUCUGAUCAUGGGGAUGAAGAGCAAUAACAACAUUGCUGAAGUGAGUUUGUACAACAGUAUUGUAGUAUUAAUAUCUAUUAUACUAGUAUUGGAGUUUCUUUUGCACAUACAGUUUAGGUUUAAUACUCAUUUUUUAGUUUGAAAUUGUGAUGUUUGUAAAGGGAUUGUUAGCCGGUUGUCACCCAAAUCUGAUGCACAUCGACGUUGUUGUGACGAAGUUACGACAGUUUAUGCCUCAGAAUGCCAUUGUCAACGAUUCUAGUGUUUUGAAUAGGAUCAAGGACCUUCCGUUUCUGAGAGUCAUCGACGGAAACGUAAGCUUUGAAAUUAUCGUAUUAUGUCUCACUGAAUUUUACACCAAAUGGUGUUAUUAGGCCAUAUUAUUCUUUGUCAAUUUGAGUUUAAAGGAUUUAAUAUUUUACCAAGGUUUUAUUUUCAGUUUGUGGCGGUUGUGGAUCAGACUUCAGGAAGAUAA